AUGAGAUACGAAUCACGUUUCAACGGCCGCACUCAGACUGGCAUUGAGUGUCAGCAGGACAUGCUGAGCGGCGACGACAAAAGUUAUACACGGGCAUCUGCUGUCUCUGUGCACAAGGCGGAGCGGGUCAAGGGAGAGAGUGGGACGAAGGUCGAGACAAGGGCACGCCAGCCGUGCCCCCUCACAGGAAGUGGUCCUCUGCUUGCGGAGCAAACACGCCUGCGCACCUCACCGCUCUACCUCUUUUCCCCUGACAUGCGAUGCUGA